AUGAUACACUUACAAUUAGCACAGCGCGUAGACGAAGCUCUUCACGAAGUCCUCGGCAUCACCAUCGAUAUCGCGCAUGAGCUACUGGUCUUGGGCAGUGAUCUCCUCGGCUUCGCGCCCAUUCCGGGCCUCGGAGGUGCUGCACGCACACUACUGCACAUAUGGGAUGCCGCGCUGAAGGUCACAGCAGGAGACGAGGUUUCCUCGGAACUUCGGGGUCCCCUCGAUCGAUUAACCAAAUCCUUCGACGCGGUGCGGAACUUCGUCGACAAACAGUCCCUUAAGACGGCGUUCACGAAGUACUUCCAGCGUGAAAAGAUCGAGCGAGCUGUUCGUAAACACCAAAACAGCCUAAACGACGCGGUCAUCCUCUUCAAUCUGACCAUUCAGAUCCGUACUUUGACCAAGGUCAUCAAAGCUGGCAACCUAAAUGAUGAGACAUACAACAAGUUACGGACUUUGUUCGAGCCUCACUUGCCCUCCUCCUCUCCAUUGAAGAUACCUCAGCAGGCCAACGAUACUAGCCCCUUAUCUGGAGCGAAUGCAGAGCACACGCAGCCUGCCUCCACUCCGGCGCGGGACAUCAAAUACGAUGCAGUACACAAAGCGACGGACCUACGGCAGGUGAUGAACGAUGCGCUACAGAUGGACAGCGACCCCGACAUGGUCCGCGUCCUCCAGGCCGGGCUAGCACAGACACCCGAGGCGAUGAAGAUGCUGAAAAUAGCUAUCCAGGUGGAAUAUCGCACUGUAGCCACUCAAUCCGAUCCGGGGAACCUCUCGGAAGACUCCUCCUACCACAAUGCAGUAAAAGAAAAAUCCAUAUCGCACGACGCGAUGACCGGCGGAGCUGAGGUGGCAUCCUUGGGCCACAAUGCGUCUGGGCCUUCUGGAGCGAACGAGCAAGCGCAGUCCAUGCAGAUCGCACAGCUGUAUAGAAUGCUUCUACAGCACGAGUUCCAUCCCUCGUUGACGCUGCCGCUCUGGACGCCAUCUCCGAUCCCAAUCGGCGCAGUCGGUUACUAUACUGACAGCGAAGGCGGGUCAUUCGUCACAUUGUUCGACUCAUUCGAUCCCGCAAGGUCGUCGAGAGGACGCGCAAAGGACGUCACGCCGCUGGGACACGAUUCCGUGAGCCAACGAUGGGACAGGCGAAGUUACUCAUCGUCACUGGGCGUGACCAACGGGGCUGCGAUGUUGUUCACGCAAACGACACACCACCGUUAUAUCGAGGACUUGAAGGUACCGCGACAGUGGUUCAAGGAGAAUGCAGAACAGGUCCUCGCCAUCUAUGGUGCUGAAUAUUCUAUAUCAAGAGAGGAUCUGUGCCUGGGGACACUCGAGGCGCAGGAGCACGCCCUAUUGGUCAGCCAGAAACACCCGACCGGUCAGGUGCAUUUCAACGUUUUCUCUGCGGCGAAAGCGGAAGAGCCGUGGGGCAAGUUUUCAUUUUCGACCGACCGAACCCUACCGUCCGUCGGUGGACCAAAUUGGGACGAUAGCGGGCGGACUACAGAACCUCUUCGGACGUUCAAGGUCUCCAGCUGCAGAUACGGCGGACCGUGGGACACCGUGCUACUCUCCUGUCUUCGUUUCACGUCCGGAGACACUGAACCUACGCUCUUUUGA